CGCGCUGUCCCCGCUCUCGCCGCCCCGGAGCCGCCGCGAUGCCGCUGCUGCGGGGCUGGACGCUGCUGCUGGCGGCCCUGCUGCCCUCGGCGCUGCCGUCGCUGCUGGCCGCGCCGCCGCCCGCCUGCCCCGAGCGCUGCGACCGCUCCCGCUGCCCGGCGCUGCCCGCAGCGUGUCCCGGCGGGCCCGUGCCCGACGCCUGCGGCUGCUGCCGGGUGUGCGGGGCCGAGGAGGGCGAGGCGUGCGGGGGCGCGGGGCCGCCCUGCGGAGAGGGGCUGCAGUGCGUGCUGCCGCCCGGAGCCGUGCCCGCCUCGGCCACCGUGCGCAAGCGGGCGGCCGCGGGGCGCUGCCAGUGCACCAGCAGCGAGCCCGUGUGCGGCAGCGAUGCGGUCACCUACGCCAGCCACUGCCAGCUGCGGGCCGCCAGCCGCCGCGCAGAGCUCCUCCGGCAGCCGCCCAUCAUCGCCAUCCAGCGCGGAGCCUGCGGGCAGGGCCAAGAACAUCCCAACAGCCUGAGGCACAAAUACAACUUUAUUGCAGAUGUGGUGGAGAAGAUCGCCCCUGCUGUGGUUCACAUUGAAUUAUUUCGCAAACUUCCUUUCUCCAAGAGGGAAGUUCCUGUAGCCAGUGGCUCGGGGUUCAUUGUCUCUGAGGAUGGGCUGAUCGUCACCAACGCCCACGUGGUCACCAACAAGAACAGGGUGAAGGUGGAGCUCAAGAACGGGGAGACUUACGAAGCCAAAAUUAAAGAUGUUGAUGAAAAAUCAGAUAUUGCACUAAUUAAAAUAGAUUCUCAGGGUAAAUUGCCAGUUCUUCUUCUGGGCCAGUCUGCAGACCUGAGGCCAGGGGAGUUUGUGGUGGCCAUUGGCAGCCCCUUUUCCCUGCAGAACACGGUGACCACGGGCAUUGUCAGCACCACGCAGCGCGGCGGCAAGGAGCUGGGGCUGCGCAACUCCGACAUGGACUACAUCCAGACGGAUGCCAUCAUCAAUUAUGGGAAUUCUGGAGGACCCCUAGUAAAUCUGGAUGGGGAAGUCAUUGGAAUUAACACAUUAAAAGUUACAGCAGGCAUCUCAUUUGCUAUCCCAUCCGAUAAAAUAAAGAAGUUCCUAACUGAAUCCCAUGACAGACAAGCUAAAGGAAAAGCUGUAACCAAAAAGAAAUACAUUGGCAUACGAAUGAUGUCCCUAACCCCCAGCAAAGCUAGAGAGCUGAAGGAUCGCCAUAAAGACUUCCCUGAUGUUGUCUCUGGGGCCUAUGUCAUUGAAGUCAUUCCAGAAACACCAGCUGAAGCUGGUGGCCUGAAGGACAACGAUGUGAUUAUAAGCAUCAAUGGGCAGUCCAUAAGCUCAGCCAGUGAUGUCAGUGACAUCAUUAAAAAGGACAGUACCUUGCACAUGGUGGUGCGCAGGGGCAACGAAGAUGUGAUGCUCACAGUAGUUCCCGAGGAAAUCGACCCCUAACCAGAAACAUGAGCUGGAUUUCAUGUUUUCUUUUAACAGCAAUGGACUGCUUGUACUCUCUCUGUGCUGGUACAGGAAAACGUUAGACUUCUGACCAACAUUCUGCUUGUUCAGUGGAUUAGUAUUGGCCAACAGAGUAACUUCUACUAGGUUUAAGGUGCAAAAUCAGUGUAAUUUCACAUACUCCUGAUGAUAAUUUUUUUUUUCCUUCUGUAUUAUGUAUGCAAUGUAUUCUUUACUGGCUUUUACAUCCCCCUGCUUAACAAAUCAACGUUUGCAUCCCUGUGUUGAGUAAAUUUCCUGUCAUUUCCUCUAAGACUUAAACAAAACACAACCCACGCACACAAUGUGUGUUGUGGCAUUCAGGUAUUUAUAGGUUAGCUGUGUUUUAACUGGAAAUGCCAUUGUAAAGGAGUAGUCAGCCUAAAAGGAAACACAAUUGGGAAAUAAAGUUUGGUUUAUAAACACAAAAGGAAUCCCAACCCAAAUAACCUCCCAAGGACCCCGUGCAGGACUUUAAUACUAUGAUAUUUUCCUAGUGUUAUUAAAAGAAUUCAACAGUA